UCAUCGACACUCAACAGGCGAUAUUGCUAUAUCCUUAUUCUUUCUUAAUAUAAAUCGUCUAAUAUCAACAUUUAUUUUAAUCGCCAUUCAAUAUUACAACCCAUCGAAUACGAAGCAAUUCCUUUUUUUAUAGACAAGAACUCUCCUCACAUCAUGCCACCAAAGACAGCAUCACCGAUAAAGACUAAGACACUGGGAGAUUUUUUUACCAAAGAUGACUCAUUACAUAGUGCCUCCAAACUUGAGAAACCUGCAAAUAAUCAAGCUAUGACCAGUACCACUGCUAUUAUGUCUGCCGCCAAUGAUACAGUAGACAGCACUGGUUCACCUAAAUCAAAAGCAAAAAAGAAGGCUAAUAAAACCAGAACAAAGGAAGAUCAUGAAAAUCAGCAGCCUAUGUCAAAUGAUGUCGAUACACAGCAGGUGCAAAAUGAUACGCCAUCAAAAGAUUCUACAUUAUCGAAAGGGAAACGUACACGCAUGGAGGUUUCAGUUGUUGUCCCAUUAAUGCAACAUCCUCAAGCUGCCUUGGCUACCUCUAAAUUUAUAGAGAGGCCAAUACUUGCUACAGAGGCAGCUCCACCCUCUUCUCUAAUUGACUCAAAGGAAGCAACGCAGUCUGGCAAACCAACGACUUCUGCCGUCAGUACAUCUGGCAGUCUAACUCUUGGUGGAGGCUCUAGCAAUAUCAGUAAAUUUAACAAGGUUGAUACUGCCUCCAUGUUUAAGGUCAGAAGCGGGAAGGCUUACAUCACUGAAAGCAAACUCAAAUUUUCUGCUCAUCCAUCGGCAAUCGCAGACUUGUAUCGAUUUCACGAGUACCGAGAGAGCCUGCAGAUGUCUGAAGAUUUGUCUCAAUAUACAGGAGUUAGUGUUGAAACGGACCAUGUAGAGAUCACAAGUAUACCGACUAAGCAUUAUGGACUCAUUGCAAAGUUAGUAGAGGAAAGCGAGCUUGUUCUAAACGAAGCAGCUGCUCAUAUCAUGAGCACACUCUGUCCUUCUGGAUUUGAUACUCUUGAGGAUCCUACAGCACCGUUCAAUGCACAGGAUGGUGAAGGGGAGAUGGACGUGGAUAAUGACGUGCAAACGGACGGCUCCACGCACGAACAGGCUCUUGUCAAGAGAAAUGUCACAACUGUUUCAACGACAGCCAUCAUGGAUGCCAUCCAAGCGGUAGCACAGAGAGUCAAUUAUGGUGUACCGGUCUCCAGCCUUCCAGCAUCAAUUACUGUGACGCCUUCUAACCUAUCUGUUUAUAGAUGGGAGGUGCAAGAUAUCGACCGUUACUUUCCGAGCGAUAUGAAAGCAGUGGUUCUCAAACGAAGGAAUAAGCGUAUUGGAGCUUCGGCUGCAUUAACAGCUUGGUUUCUGGGAUUAGAGACAAAGCAGCAGGAAGAACUCUGUCCCCUUCCCAUCACCCCUGUUAUAGCUCCAGGAGCUGAAGGUGGUUCGACAAUAGGCAAGAAGAGUCGGCUAUCUCUGGGCGGUGAAAGCAUGGAUGUAGAUGCAAUUGGGAACCGUACUAACGAAGAACCUUUAGAUGCAUUGAGUGUCCAUAAUCAAUCAACUGUUGCGGCUGUUGUGGACCCUGCAGUCCUAGAAGCUAAGUUAAAAGAAGCAGAAGCUAAGAAGAAGGAAGCUGAGGCGAAGGAGGAACGCCGGCUGGAAAAAGAACGCAAAAUGCUUGAGAAACAGCUGGAGAAGGACCAGAAGGAGGCGGAGCGCUUGCAGAGGGAAGAGAUCAAGAGGAAGAAAGCGGAAGAAGAGCGAUUGAAAAAAGAGCAAACCUCCAUGCGGUUUGUUGGUUUUUUCAAACCAAUCACAAGUUCUGCCACUAAGAAGGAUGCACCUGAGUCUUCUGCAAAAAGCGAUUUAUCUGCGCCGCCACUUUCAGAACUAUUCCAUCCGUUCCAUAUCAAAAAGAACACUUCUCUAGCACCAAUCAAUCAAUUCACAAAACAUAUUUCUGCCGAGAAAAUUGAUGAAGCACUGGAUAUUAAAGCAGGAAAAGAUGGGGAUUUGAGUGGUAUGGACGUGGACAUGGAUUUGGGUCAUAAUGUUCCAAAGGUAGCUGAAACAAAGUAUGCUAGGGAGACAGUGCGCUCGUUGUUCUCAAGGAGACCACAGUCCAAAGGUGUAGAUGCGCAGCAGCAAGAAAAGAAACUACCAAGGCAUUACAAGUCUAUGACUGUCUCUGAAGCAGUUCGAUCAGGAUUGUUAGUUCAAGACGAAGGAAAUGAUAUUAGUUACAUGCUCACAUGGAAAGACAUACCCUCCUUACGCAUGCGUUUACUGCAAUUUGCAGAGAACUAUCGACCUGCUUACUAUGGCACUUGGUCGAGACAGAGCAAACGCAUUACUGGACGUCGAUUUCUUGGUAAGGAUACCGAGCUGGUUGACUAUGACUUUGACAGUGAAGCCGAAUGGGAAGAGGAUGAAGAAGGUGAGGAGUGCAAGAGUGAUGAUGAUGAAGAGGACGUAGAGGAUGUUGGCAGCGAUCAGGAUGAGGAGGAUGAUUGGUUAGUUCCCGAAGGAUAUCUAUCUGAGGACGAGGGGUUGGAUGCAGGCGAAGAAGGUGGAGCCGAGAUAACAUCGCAAAGAAAAUCAAAAGAAGUCCGUCGCCCUGCGCUUUCGCAAAUGACGCCGAUCAUCGUCGGCCCUAUUUUUGAGACAGUUUUGGGUGAAUGCUCAACCCAUCCGGUGCUGGAGGCUUAUCAUGUUGAAUUCCUAGGAGAUUACAAUAUUGGAAUGGAUAUGUACCAUGCUGUGGAUUCCUAUCCAUAUCCUAUUCAAGUAGUGGAGUAGCGCUGUUCAUAAUUGCGUCCUUUUGAAGCAGGUCUUUUAAGGAUGCCCCGACAGAAUACAUGGCUUAUUCUGCUGUUCAUAAUUGUACAUUAAGGAAUAAAUAACUCUUCCGACUAUCUCUUAUAAAUCUAGGACUCUCCUGCCACUUUUGUUCUUUU